UAAAAAACAACAACUACCAGUUGCGUUGCUAACGUCUAAACCAUACUACAGGAACAGAACCUGCAUGAACUUGCCUCGAAAUGCUUUCCCGUCAGGUGGCGCUGACUUCUUGCUUGGCUAGUUAUUGUCCCUAGGUAUCAGUCUCUCUUGUGCAUGAAGUGAGUUGGGUCACGGACUAUCCGCUAGGGGGGAUGUUGAGCAGUACAGAGUGAUAUUCAGUUGGGAAUACAUUUAGUAGCGCUUUGUCGUGUGUUUCGGGAGUAAUGCCAUACGUCGUUGAGUUUUGUCUGUGCUUCGUGUAGUGUCGUUAGUGUAGCAACGCCGGUCUUUAGCCACAAUUAAAAAAGAAACGAAUAUUAUUGUGCCAGUUUUGUACGAGAAUAUCGGCGGACGAAAAGCGAGCAUCGUAUAGGGGCCGGCAGCAUACAAAGUAUUCGUUUUUCCAUGUUUGUUUAGACGGCCCAACCAGUCGUGACGCGCGUCUAAAUAGAACAAAGUACAUCAGCAAAACUAUGGGUAAGGUAGUUUGGAAGGAGAAUGGACACCUUGCAUCAUCAAAUAGAGGCAUCUCUAGGACGAUCUCAUGAUUUGAUGAUGGAAGACCGAUAUCGUCGUUUGCAGUACGACCCUGUUCGUGGCUUCCCAAACCCUCGAUUUCAAGAUUCGGAACCUUCUGGCAGAGGGCGGCCUAAAAACACAGAAUUCCAUUUUCCCUGGAAGAACGCCACAAAACAGGAGCCUGGAAAAUAGUGAAAUGUCUCCGUAUUUCCAAUACUACAGAAACAAGUACGGAUCUAUUUCGGCAAUGUCUACUGGCGCGCUCUAUGGGCAUUUGCGAGGAACACCACACGAUUCACUUUAUCCUCUCGAGCAUGGAAGGAAUGUAUCUGUUCGAAGUGUAGGUUCGAAAAGCCGUUCAGCAGUUUACCCCUGGGAGUCUUACGCUAACAUGCAAGACUCUGUGUAUAAUGAUGUUUCAUUAAGGAAAGGAACUUCAUUUCAACAUCACAGUAACAGCUUACCGACUCUAACCACGUGCAUGUGUAAAAAAUCAGGUCGAAGUAGCGCGCGUUCUCUGUCUUCAUGUUGUAACUGUUAUGCGGAUUUUGGUUCCUCAUCGAGAAGUAAGGUUGGUGUUUCGUCUUCUCCCCGAAGAAAAUCUGUUCUUCCAGAUAAGGUGGAUCUGUACGUUGUCAAAGAAGAGCAAGGUAAUAGUUUGGACCAUAAGGAUAGACGAAACUUGAAAAGUUCCCAGAAUGGAUUGCAUCUGCCAGGAAAUGUAAAGAUGCAGAAAUCCAGAGCAUCGUCGAAGAAAAAACAGGAUACUUCUCACGAUCUCAACCAGCCCAAAUCUGUCCAGGCUUUAGAUAGAAAAGAGGCCUUCAAUUCGAUCUCCUCGCGGAAGUCUAUUCUCGAAUGCGACGUGACAGCUUAUGAUCUGAUUAAAAAGUACAUCAAAACCUCAUCUCCGUCUGAAAUAGACAGUGACUUAGAUGAUGAUCUGAGCGAUAAUGCAAUUGAAGAAGAUAAAGAAAAACGUCCACCUAAGUCCAAAGAAACUUGUGUAAAGAAGUCGUCGUCGUUUCCGUCUAGCCAGUAUAUCGGCCUUAAAGGUACAGAAAAUAACCCGGGAAUACAUGGUACAGAAUCUGAACCAGAGACUUCGAACCUUCGACUAAGUGGUUGUGAAAACGACAAAGGAAAAAAUCCAGAAGCUUCGAAUAUGCGGUUAGGAGGUCAGGGGUUAAGGUUGUAUUCUCCGUCCCUUAAUGGUUCCUCCAUUCUUUCACUUGCCUCUGAAACUUCUAGAAAUAAUCCAAGUUUGGUCAGCAGUGGACGGACUAGUAAAACAGUUUCUGAUAAUAGGUUUGUUUCAGUUCCUGAACCUGAUUACGAUGACAAUGGAGCAGAAAGUGAUGCCAGCUAUGAAACUUGCCGUUUCAAAGACCUAAAAUUAUCUUCUUCGCCACUUCUGGUCCGCAAGAGUCACUCCUCAAGUCAUGGUGAGCCACAACAUUCAAAUUCUUCCUAUUUAUCGCCAUUUCUUUCCAAUAGCCUUUCUUCAGGGUCAUCAUCCUUACAAGCUUUUCCCCGUAGGCACUCGUAUGACCAGAGCACAACUUCAGUAAAAGAUUCUUUCGGUUUUCAGACCAGUGUGGCAUCAAGCAGUGAAACAAGAAGUCCUAAUGCAUUAUUCUUGUACGAAAAUAGUCCGUCAGAUUGUAAUCCCAUUAGAGUACCAAGUCCUCCACCAAGUUUUGGAUAUCUAUCCCACUCGGAAGGAAGUCUAGAAACCGUUUUUAUGCCUGAAGUGAGAUCGAUACUUAAAAAAAGUGAAACUAAUUCCACCAAUCACGGCACCGUUGCGUCUCCCGUUCAUCUUCACGGUGUACAGGAGUUUAAAAACUUGAGGGAAAAAAAGCAAGUAAAAUUUAAAGCUCAUGAUGAUGAAUCUUUAUUUUUGGAGUUUAUAGAAGACAAAGAAAGUGGCCUUACUGAAUAUUGUGUGCAGUCAGAAACGCAAGGUGAUACCCCAAACGUAUCAACUGUCUCACCCGAAGAUUUGAAGGAUGUAUUGUUGAUAGGUGGCGCCUCAGCUGGUGACCGAAAGAUAUCAAAUAAUAAAUCUGAUAUCACCCAUAGUCUCCAGCACUCGAUGGACAAUCGCAGUUCGUCUUUACUAAAUGAACGUGUUCUAAGUUUAACCCCCGAUAGCGACAAUCAAUUGUCUUUCAGUGAAGGAGAGGAGCACAAGAGUUCAGCGGAUUCUGGACCAUGGUCAGACAGCAGUUACCUUCACGCAGUAGCUUAUUCUCCUCUUCUUACAGGAUUUCAAGAAUUGGACCCUGGUGAAACUCGAGACAAGCCCAGUGGGGGUGAAGAAUUUUCACCUUUGUCAAAAAACUUCCUCUCUCCCGUCGCUAGUUCCGAAUGCACGACAGAGCGGGAGAAUUCUGCCAAUGAUUUCGUGCAGAGCCCCCAGAAUUGGACUAACGGACCUAGUGUGAGCUCGAACGAUGUAUCGUUGGAUGGAGCCACACCACCAUCAAGCGAAUUAGAAGAGACUCAAGUUACACAGAGUAUAACCAAUAAUGUAAAUAAAUUCACUGAAACAUCUUUGGUUUUAGGUUUUGGUAAUCAAAAUUCCAGUUUUCCAAAUAGCGAUGAUUGCGCCCACAAACAUACUUGGAGUAAGCAGGUUAGUGAUACUGAGACAGAAGUUAAGGCCAGUGAAGAGACGACCAGGCACUCAAAGAAGAGAUAUCACCUUCGACUUGAAGGUCAUCCAGGAUCUGCUACGAGUCAUGACAGUCCUUCUGCCAGAACUAUUGAACGCUUUGACAACUUCGAUUCGAGUUCUUCAGCAAGUAGCACAGACUCUUUACCUGGAACUCCAGAUGAAGCUACCUUCCAGCCAUGCUUUACGUUUAAAACUCCAUCAGGACGCACCGAAAAGAUCAAGGCCUAUUCAAGACCAUUGUUUUACACCCUCGUAGAAGGUGAUGACGAGGAGAGUGAAAGUUCUGUAGGCAGCAGCUUCAUUGAUGAAAAGAACCCUUUGGUAGCCAAUGACAUUGUUAUCCACGUGCCAAACUCUCUCCUGCCAUCAACCUUGCCAGAAAAUCAGGUCUCUGCUAUUUCUUCCCAAGAUCUUUCUGAAGUAGAAAUAACAGACGAAGCAGUAAAAGAGUCAGAAUUGUGUGAUGAAGGCACACUGAAACAAGGAGAGGAAGAUGGGGAAAACAUCUAUGAGUGUAUCAAAACUGAACCAAUUUAUGAAGAACUUCCAGAGAAAUUGGAACAUAAUAUAGGUUUGCACCCCUUGGACUCCCCACGGAAGUCGUUUUUUGAGGGUGCCUCUAAAGCAGAAAUUCUCAGUUACUUGGAAGUUGCCAAAGAAAGAGGUUUGGAAAAUUUAAUCGAAGGACAUACUGAACUUCUGGUAGUAGAUGAAGUGGUAGAACCUGAAGACAAACCAGAGCCAGAGAAAACAUGUAGCCGGAACAACAGAAACAGAAUAAGUAACUUAAGUAGCUCUAGCCAGUCAAGCAGCAACAGUGAACAGAAUACAUCUACUCUCCCACCUGAUCAAAAUCCAGAAAGUGUACAAACUAUCAAGGAGCGACCUCUGACUGCCGAGGUUGAAAGGAAUGACAGUGGAGUAGGUACAGAAACAAGUAAACCUACUCGUCUAAGACAGAUUGACAAGACAGGUGGUGGAGAAGAGCAGCAAUGUGCAGAUUGUGAACAGCUCGUUAAACCGAGGGAAGAUGAAAGUACUGGACUCUUAUAUUGUCCUUUGGUGUGCAAGAGGUGCGACAAAAAGCGGUGCGAGAGAAAAGAAACAAUCUUAGAAUUUAUUGACACAGAAAUUAAAUAUGGAAGGGAUCUAAGGAUAAUAAAAGAGGAGUUCUACCGACCCAUGGAAGUUGCUGGACUUCUAACCAGAGAACAAUUGAGUGGAAUAUUCCUAAAUCUUGAUGAACUGAUCAUCUUAAAUUCCAAGUUUUCUGAAAAACUACAGGAUGCUCUUGAUAUUGCAGCAGAGCAAGGAGAUGAGGAUUUUACAACUGUAAAUAUUGGAAAACUUUUUAUAGAGUCCACAACCAUGUUACAUGCUUUUGAAACCUACUGUGUACAUCAGGGUUCUGCUUCUCUUGUGCUCCAGAAUCUUGAGAAAGAAAAGGAAUUGCUUCAAAUCUUCCUGCGAGUUUCUCAGAUGGAGAACACUCUUCUAAGAAGGAUGGAUUUAGCAUCAUUUCUAAUGGUUCCUGUUCAGAGAGUCACCAAGUAUCCUUUACUGCUGAAUCGCUUAUAUAAAGUAACUCCGCAUCACCAUCAAGACAGGGGAACGGUGAAAGAAGCUCAACUUAAAGUGAACCUUCAUUUGGAACACAUUAACCAGCAAACCAAGGGUGCUGGAGGAACAAAGAUUUGGAGACGGAUAUCAAAUAUUAGCAACUCUAACCGGCAAUUUUCCAACGAUAUCGGGAUUAUCAAACUAAGAAAGAUGGCGCUAGAAGUUCUGCAGUGGAAUAGAGAUGAAGUCCGUUUCGUAAUGGCUGGAAAACUCUACUAUACUCAGAUUACAGAUCACAUGUGGAAUAAGAAGAACAAAAUACUAAAGUUUACACACAUUCAUGCAUUACUAGUAACUCUGGGAAAACCCAACACCACUUAUAGACCCGACCUGGCCAACGAGAAAUCCAUCCUGUUCCCACGCAAUACAGGAAUCCGAGAUGCCAGCUUGUUGUUAAUCAAGGAGAAAAAUGGUCGUUUUAUUUUAGUUAGGGAACCACUCCAUCUAGGUAGUUGUAUCGUAAGCUGUGACUCUGAGUGUGAAGAAUCGUUCGAAGUGCAAGAGUACACAACCAAGGAAGCUUACUGCUUCAAGGGAGACACUCGGAAAGAAACACUAGAAUGGCUUAUACAGCUUAGAUAUCACGCCAAAGACCUGGGCAGGUGGAGAAGACGGAGAAAUGCUUUAGCCAACAUCAUGAUAAAUGGAAUGAACAGGCAAUGAGGUGUAUUCUGGUAUCGUCACUGCCAGAAACUGAUGUGUAUAUAACUAUUUAUGGUCUUAUUGUAUAAUUAAGUCAGUGUUCCUUGAUCUUAUAUCAGAAAAUAUUUUAACAAAGUAAAUACUUUAUAUAAUCGAUAAAGAGCAGCAGCACAGUGUCAUUGGUUAGUCUAUUAAAAGUGAGCUAGUACCAAGUGCGAUAAUAUAAAUCUAGUCUGAAGUGGUUUGUACAGACAAUGUCGACUAUAAUUAACUUCUGCUCACAAAGUAAAUGAUGUAGACAUAUCAGCUACAAGGAAUAAAAUAAAGUUUGAUUACAAUUGGC